ACAAAGAAUUGAAAAUGGAAUUUCCACAAAGAAAAAUUCUUUCCAUCUAAUUUGAUAGCCAAAGUCUCAUUUUUCUCGGUCAUUGUUCAAUCCAAUUCCGCAGCAACAAAUCAAUAUGCAAAUCAACCAAGGAGAAAAGCAAAUAAAAGGGUAAUCGAUAUUACCGUCAAUACGAGAUGAAAAACCCAAUCAAGAAAUCCAAUCUCCAAUCCACACUAUGGUCGUGACAAAACAGACAAAACAGGAAAGGAGGAAUCUGGGUUGGCUUCAGCGCGUCGGACCUCCGAUACAAGGCCGAAUCUGGGUUGGCUUCAGCGUUCAGACCUCCGAUACAAGGCCGAAUCUGGGUUGUGGAGUCAAAACCCCUGGCGGCGCGAAAGAAGAAGCUCUGCCGAACCUUGCUCUGAUACCAUGUAAAGUGAGGCGGAAGUGGUGGGUGCAAAACCAAAAUUCCAGAGCUGCGCACCCUUAGCAGCAAAUAUAUAUAAGAUGCUUUUUUUUUUCUUUUUCUUUUUUGGUUUUUUUCACGUCUUUCUGUUGUGGUUUUUCAAUAAAUGUAAUUCUCUGGCCUAAGACGCUUCUUUCAAGAGCAUGGUUUGCAAUCUGGGGAUCUAAUAACUUUGUACAAGGAGGAGGGCAAUGAGGUUAUCUUGAUGGAAAACUCGUCUCUCCACUCUAUGUGAUCCACUUUGAGAGGGUUAACGAGGUUGCGGGCCGCUGAGGAUCAUACUCUUCGAGAAAGCUAAAUCAGCCUGUUAAAAGAUCAAGGCCUUUUCUGUUAGUUUUUUUUCUUUUUUUUUUUGGGUCUUUUCCACGUCUUGCAAUAGUGGCUUGUUUGGGGUUUGUUUGUAGUGGUUUUCCAAUAAAUGUAAUGCUCUGGU